CCCGACUAGAUGCCUGCCCUGCAGGCGCGGGUUCCAAGCAACGUCGUGAUACACACGCCUUUCUACAACGCUUCUGUUUUCCUUCCCGUUCUCUACAGUUAUCACUCCAUGCGCGUCUGUGGAUUGUUGAUGUGGUAGUGGAUGAGGCAGGGACGAAGAAUCGUUUCCAAGCCAUGGCUGCACGCAGUCGGCCCCGCGCUGGGCAACUCAAGGAUGAGAUCGACGAAGAGCGGUCACUGUGGAAUCAAAUAAAGGCCGAUGGCCGCCGAUUUGAUCAACUCAUGGCCCGUUCAGAUGAGCUACAAAAGAAGAUAUUAGAACUCGAUGCCGAUCAAGCAGCGCGGAUAACCCGGGGCGACUCACCUUCGACACGAAUUGACGCAGAGCUCGACGCAAGCCUCCGAGAAAACAUUAAACUCUCGGAAGAAAUGCUCACACUCGUCAAGUCAGAACGUGGCAACGACAUUUGCGAACAACUUAGCAUUCUCUCUGCGCUGCGCUCCGCCGACACAGACAGCGCAACGUCACGUGCCACCAACACGGGAAAAUCGCGAGAUCGGCAGAACAAGCGAAAACUGACGGAUGCUAUUGACGACCGCGACAGUAUCGCAGCGGACAGCCCCGUGGCACCCAGUCCCAAGAUCCUGAGCAAAGAUCGCCUACUACACAAGAAUGGUGGAAGUAGGGCCGGCAGCGUGCCAGCGGGACGGGAGAGCAGUGUGAAAGUUGAGGAGGAUGGUGAACAUAGUAAGGACCCGAAACCCCGACUCCACGUCCACACCGAAGUGCUCUACCGCAACCCCAAAGCCUCACGGCCGCCAACCUCGGAAGGCGAAGGCAUCCUCUGCCGCGUAACGUCGGUCAUCGGCGAAGGCAAGCAACGGCGCUACGAAAUCAUCGACGCAGACCCCGAACCCCCAACCCCAGCCGUCCCCUACCGCGCGUCUGUAAACCACCUCGUCCCCAUCCCGCCCGCCGUCAAAAACAUGACGCUGCCAGAUCUGAGCCGUGGCAAAAACGUGCUCGCGCUGUACCCUGGCACAACGACGUUUUAUAAAGCCGAGGUUGUCGGGGCGUGGAAGGGGAAUGGGCUUGGGGAGAAAGCUGCCGGGGGUGGGAAUGGGAAUGGGAAUGGUGGGAGCAGCGAGAAGGAAGGGAAGGGGGCGGAGAAAGGCGUCGUUGUUAAGAAGGAGAAGGGGGAGAAGGAGUUGGGUGAUGAGUGGGUGAGGCUGAGGUUUGAAGGCGAGGAUGAGGCGGAUCGUGAGAUGAGUGUUGAGAGGAGGUAUGUUUUGCCUGAUAAAGCUUGA